UCUCUGAGACAACUCGUUGUUCCCGAGUCAUAUUAAAGUAUUGUUUAAAACGUGAGAAUCACUCUCUGAGACAACUCUUUGUUCCCCAGUAAUAUUAAAGAAUCGUUAAAAUGAGUGAAUCGUUCAUAAACGACACAUUACACUCCUCACGUGCGGCGCUCUCGAGCGACGUCGUGUUUUGGUUAACAGGCUAGCUACCAAGCUAAUAGUAAUAGCUAAUUUACUAAUGGUAAUUUAAUUUAAUUAGCUAAUGGUAAUUAGCUAAUGGUAAUUUUACUCAUACCUAGCUGGAUUGCUACCUGUGGAUCACACACUGUUGGUGACUAUAAAUUUUAUUACAAAAAUGAAGUGGGUAAUUGAAGGAAAUGGUGUGAAAGUUUUUGGAAAGGCAGUUCAUGCUCUGUCACGGAUUGGUGAGGAAAUUUGGUUGGACCCACUGGAGAAAGGGCUGGCUGUUAGGACAGUGAACAAGGCCCAUUCGGCAUAUGCUUGUUUCCUCUUCUCUCCCAUGUUCUUCCAGCAUUAUACCUCAACUUCAGACGAACUGCAGGAUAAUAAGUCUGCAAAAUGCAAAGUAUCCAUAAAGUCGGUGCUGCCCCUCUUCCGCAGCGUCGCCACAUUAGAGCGCAGUGUGUACAGAUGUGAGAUAACUAUCAACAUCUUCGACAGCAGGGUGGUAUUCAAAUUUAAGUGCAGAAAUGGAAUAACCAAGACACAUAACUUGGGGUACCAAGAAUGUGAAGCUCUGCAAGCAGUUUUUCCAGCUCACCUGUGUCCCAACAUUUUAAAGGCACAUCCAAAACUUCUCAGUGACAUUGUGAUGCACUUCCCUGUCUCACAAGAGGAAAUCACACUAUCCAUAUCACCCAUUAGAGUGAUACUGAAGAAUUACUUUGAAGAGGACAAUGAUCGCAUCAUGUAUACAGAGAUGUUUCUACAUCCUGAGGAGUUUGAAUACUUCCAUCUCAGAGUGGACUCAGAUAUAACCUUCUGUCUCAAAGAACUGAGGGGCUUGCUGACAUUUGCUGAGUCUCAUGGCCUACAAGUGUCUGUUCACUUUGGUUCAUCUGGAAAUCCUGUGUCGUUCAGUUUGGAGGAUAUGUUGCUGGAGGCUGUAGUAGUAUUGGCUACACUAGUGGAUCCAACCAGUGAGAAUCCUUCCCAGGUGUCUGUUGCCCAGGAAGCUCCAGCACACAGUGUAGUGGGCAUUUCUGUACACGAGGGUCCAGUAGAGGCAGAGGCAAUUAAUAUAAUUCCCCACUGUCCAGUUCAUUCAACUGGGGAACAGGUGGCCUCCAGCCAGGGAAGUCCAUUCUUCAGACCAGCUGUCCAUGUGAGGAAGCUUAUGCAACUAGUUGGGGAAGGAGAGGACUUUUCAAAAUCCAAAGCUUAUUUGAAUGGAAAGAGCUCUGGAUCCGCUUUGACCACAGCAGUAACACCAGCCACUUUCAAGAUCUGUUCUCUGCUUUUUGGGGCUGUAGCAAAUGAUCAGGACAGCAUCAAAUCAGAACUACCCAGUUUGGUGUAUGCCAGUGACACUGAGGAUGAUGCUAGAGACAGUGGUAACAAAGAGGAAGAGUGAGUCAGAUAACAUACACCAAAGGAUGUGCCAGAGGAGACUACAUUUAUAUGUUUUUGAAAAUGUUUUAAGUGCAGUGAUAUACGACUUGUAAUUGUUCUCGCACUAAUGGUUUAGUACUUUUCCUUUAUUAGAAUUUAAUUUUACCUAUAUGCCUAUAUGUAUACAUAAGCUAUAUAUUAUCUUGGAAGGAAGUGUUAUAAAUGGCUAACUGGUGAAUAGACAUAAAGUGAUCUCUGAACUAUGAACUAUUACCUAUUACUAUUACCAAGUUUCACAUUUUGUCAAAAGACUGCAGAAUCCAAAGACAGUUCACUGGAUGAGUUUGUAACAGUAUAGUUAAGACAGCACUCCAUAUGUAUUCACAUUAGCAUACACACACACAUAAAUAUUAACAUUAAUAUAUUAUCUUUAGAAAAGCUUGUAUGAUUAGAAAGUAAUGCUAUAUUGAGCUUAUAAAAUUGCUUUAAUUUAUAAUGAUUAAUGAUGUACAAUGAAGUAGAUGUAAAUGCAUAGCACAACAGUGAACUUUGCCUUGGGGAAUACAAUACAACAGUGUAUUUCAAGCUUGUCUUGGAAAGACAAACCAUCAUACAGCUAGAAAAAUAGACCUUUAUUAGAUCAUAUGGCACACAUGCUUAAAGCAUUCAUAGAUGCUCAAAGAAUAUUUAAAAUUAUGAUUUCAAAAAAGCUGACAGAUUACACUUAUAAGAAAAAAAUGUUACAUUCAUAUACAAUGGUUUGUUUCCUAAUGCAUACACAGAAAUACAGCAAGUUUGUAUUUACCUUUUACAUACAGUAUAUUACUCAAGUCCACAUGCGCACGCACACCUCUUCAAAGUGGUUAACAGAGCAUGAAAGGUUUUUUUCCCCCUCAUCAUAAGAUUGCAAUCUCUUGCACUGUUAUUACAUAACAACCCACAUUGUGUGGAGAAACUCUAGUCUAAUACAAUAUUAAAUAUUUAAAUUAUUAUUAUUAUUAUUAUUAUUAUUAUUCUUUUUUAAAAAGUAGACAUAAAAACUUAGCAGACUGAAAUUGUCUCCUUAGUACAACUUCCCUUUACCCUGGUUCCUCAAUUGUGGUGUUAUAAAUCUCUGUAGAUAGGGGAAAUUAACACUUUUUAAGCAAAAUGUAACUUUAUUUACUAAACGUCCUCUACAUGAUUGACAUUUCUUUGUAAAACACACACAGUUGUCUCACCCACUCAAGAUGAAUUUGUGUUAACACAGCUGGUGUUAUGCAGGUCCAUCCCAACCUUGUGAAAGCUUCCCAGACCAGCAAUGAGAACGAUUUUAAUACAUUCUUCUUUUGUCAAAGGCAUUCAUAUAUUUGUGUGCACGUGUGUUAAUUUCCCCUACGUAUGGAGACUUUUGGGAUACCCUGUAGAUCAAUACAGAACCAGACUACAACCAGAUUAACUAAGUAUAUACGUGAGCUUAUAAAAAUGGCUUUUUAAGUUCAUACUGCUAGGCCAAACUGACUAUUUUCAUUCAUUAGAUUAAUCACAAGUCAUUGUUCUGUGGGUCUGCCAUUGG